GUCAGGAGGAAGGUCAGUCCAACGAAGGCUUUCAUCAGGCUCCCAGAAGGCUGUUUGUAGGUGGAAGUUGCUGUCGUUUGCUCCUUGACACCUCAAGGAUGAAGGAGGCAGGAGCCUGCACUUGAAGCCCCACCAGUGAUAACGCAGGCAAAAUGCAAACCCAGGGCAUCUUUGGGAAAGAAGGCCCAGCUCUCUCUGAAGAAGCAUCUGGCCUCUAAGCUGCAAAGGACACGGGUUGCAACCUGCUGAGGGGUAGCCAGACGGUACAAUGCAGGAACCUCCUCCAACGAUAAAUGUUCCAACUGGCUCUAAAGAUCGAAUGACGCUUGGGUUCGCUAACAAAAGACAUGCAAGGGAUGACGAACGUGGAAGCCUACUGCACUGAACACAGCUGAUAGAAAGUGAGUUUCAGUCCGAAAAGCAUUUACUUCUGUCCAGAUUGAUACCUGCCAACAGGAAAAUGGAGCGCGUCUGCAAAGAAGGAGGGACGAUGAGAACUGCAAAGCCGUGCUGAUUUCCAAGGAGCCGAAAUCCAGGCCCUGGCUGCGCUUCGCUGGUCCGAGUGACGCUGUCGCACCGCGCCUCACAGGCAGAAAGGCUCUUGGGGCAGCGAAGGGGCUAUGGGACAGCUCUGGGCUCUGCCUCGCUGCAGCGGGCUCGGCGCUGGCUGCACCGCAGGGCGACUGCCCUUGGACUGAGACUGCGGGGACGGGACGUUUGUCAGCACGAGCAAGCCCAUCGUUUCGGCAUUGUUUUGGAGACUUCAGAGACGAAAAAGAAGAAAGUGGCUGAAACAUUUAGUAGCACUGAUCUUUAAGUAACUAGAAAAAUCACCUUUCUAUGUUUUGAUAGAGCUAUUUCUUCACUGCAUUUGGAAUACCACGCUGUUUGGAAAGUCUCCUCUACCCCUUGAUCCUUUAUCCAUUUUAAAACAUUUUGUUUGUGUUUGUGUGUGUGUUUGUGUGCUCUUGUCUAUUUUUGGUGUGUCUGCGUGUCAGGAACCUUCUCAUCUUGUAAUCAUGGGCUCAGAGCGAGAAAUCUCCCAAGCAUCUGUGAGUAAUAAUGACCUGCUUUAUUUCAAAACAUAUUUGUGAUCUGGAAGUUCUUUGACUCUCCCAGUUUUUCAAGUGACACAGAAGAAAAGCCGAAAGAGGACUGAGCCCGCGAUGGCAGAGAAGUGCGACUGUAUUGCCAGCAUGUACGGGUACGAUCUAGGCUGCCGCUUCAUUAAUUUCCGGCCCUUGGGCUUUGGUGCGAAUGGACUGGUGCUGUCAGCCCUUGACAGCAAGAGCUGCCGCAAAGUUGCCGUGAAGAAGAUCACCAUCAGUGAUGCACAGAGUAUGAAACACGCCUUCCGGGAGAUCAAAAUCAUCCGCAGGCUGGACCACGACAACAUUGUGAAGGUGUAUGAGGUGCUGGGACCGAAGGGGACCAACCUGCACGGAGACUUUUUCAAGUUUAACAUGGUGUACAUCGUUCAGGAGUACAUGGAGACAGACCUGGCUCGGCUACUGGAGCAGGGGAAGCUCACCGAGGAGCAUGCCAAGCUCUUCAUGUACCAGCUGCUCCGAGGGCUGAAGUACAUCCAUUCGGCUAACGUGCUCCACAGAGACCUGAAGCCGGCCAAUAUUUUCAUCAGCACGGAGGACCUGGUGUUGAAGAUUGGUGAUUUUGGGCUAGCCAGAAUUGUGGAUCAACAUUACUCGCAUAAGGGUUACCUCUCCGAAGGCUUAGUAACAAAGUGGUAUCGCUCCCCUCGCCUCCUCCUCUCGCCGAACAACUACACCAAAGCCAUCGACAUGUGGGCGGCUGGCUGCAUUCUGGCCGAGAUGCUCACGGGAAGGAUGCUCUUCGCCGGGGGUCAUGAGCUGGAACAGAUGCAACUUAUUCUGGAGACGAUCCCUGUGAUCCACGAGGAAGACAAAGAGGAGCUGCUCAAAGUGAUGCCCAGUUUCAUCAACAGUACCUGGGAAGUGAGGAAGCCCCUGCGCAAGCUGCUCCCCGAAGUGAACAGUGAAGCUAUUGAUUUUCUGGAGAAAAUACUGACAUUUAACCCUAUGGAUCGAUUAACGGCUGAGAUGGGUCUGCAGCAUCCUUAUAUGAGUCCGUAUUCUUGCCCUGAGGAUGAACCAGUGUCUCAGCAUCCGUUCCGGAUUGAGGAUGAGAUUGAUGAUAUUUUACUGAUGGAAGCCAACCAGAGCCAGAUGUCCAACUGGGACAGGUAUCAAGUAAGCCUCUCCUCUGAUUUGGAAUGGAGACAUGAUAAAUAUCACGACAUGGAUGAGGUCCAGCGAGACCCACGGGCAGGGUCUGAAUCCAUUGCUGAAGAAGCACAAGUUGAUCCACGAAAAUAUUCACAGAGCAGCUCAGAGAGGUUCUUGGAGCUAUCACACUCAUCGAUGGACCGGGUAUUUGAUGUUGAUUGUGGGAAAUCAUGUGAUUACAAAGUGGGGUCACCUUCCUACUUGGACAAAUUGCUGUGGAGAGACAAUAAGCCCCAUCAUUACUCAGAGCCCAAGCUGAUUUUAGAUUUAUCGCACUGGAAAAGAGCAACCAUAGCACCCACAGCUGAGCUAUCUCUGGAAGAAGAACCAUCCAAUCUCUUUCUGGAGAUUGCUCAAUGGGUGAAGAGCACGCAGGUGGGUCUUGAGUGUCCCAGUCCUCUUCCAGAGAUUCAAGAACGGAGCCUGCCGUCUUCUCCUCACCAUCUCCACAAGGAAUCCAAGGAAGUAGGCAGUGAAACAGACCCUGAGUUUGACUUGGAUGUCUUCAUCUCCAGGGCACUGAAACUUUGCACAAAACCUGAGGAUCUUCCAGACAACAAGCUCAAUGACAUCAACGGAGCCUGCAUAGCUGAGCACCCCAAUGAGAUCGUACAAACAGAAGUGUACCAGAAGGAACGAUGGUGAAGCACCCGCAUGUGGGAAGCACCACUUUCUCCCGCUGUUCCUCUUUGAUAGUGUGGCCAUUGCCCUGUGCUGAGUGGCUUCAGUCUGUCAUUGAGCGUCAGUUUUUUUUACUGAAUGCCUUUUUCUGAAAAGGCAAGCACAAACCGCAUGCCCCUUUUGAUGCCUUAGAAAUACAUUUAAGGGAAUCAAGAGGUGUGAAUGAAAUACUGGGUUUCUUAUACUGCCUUAACAAUCUUGCCUUGCAAUCUCUGGGACCGCUUUGGAACUUAAAUGUACAACAGAAAGAUGACAGUACAUGAUAAGUUUACAAACAGAAGUCAAAUCAACUUCUUUUUCUUUCUUUUUGUGUAGUAUCUUAAAACGAUGAGGACACUAAUCAGCAUUUUCAUGCAGGUUCCAGACACACCAACCAUAGGACUCCUUUGAGGCACUCACCCAAGUACGGUCUGUACGGAGAGAAGCAAUGCAAAGGCAUAUCCAUGUUCUGCCUUCAGCCCGGAGAGAGCUUGUGAGAAUGUAACUAGAGGCAGAAUUUGGCCAUGAGUCAGAAAAUAGUUCUAGGAGAAUGUUAAUGGGGAAGGAAUUUGACCUACCGUAUAUGGGCCGCUUUGGAUUUUUUUCUGAUUGGAAGAUAAAAUUUUUGCACAGCACAUUCUCCUUAUUUGGUUCCUCGCACAUAAGUUUUCCCUUCUGCUGUACAGGGGUAGUUCUGAAGUCUCUUAGUACUUGUGAGGCCCAAGACCAUGUAUUUAACAACCUAAUACUGUGAAUCCUGUCUCAGGCAACUGCCCAGCAGACCAGCAAAUUCUGGCGGUAUGAACUAGACAAGAGCAGGGAGCGAGGAACAGGGGGGUUCACAGCAUGAUGCUGCCUCUGUCACCCCCUAGCUAUAGAGCCUGAGCGAGGUCACUUACCUUCUCCAUGACACUUCCCCCCACUGCUAAAAAAAUUAUUAUGGUUUGCGCAUUACUCUGAUCAGACAGAGCACUGCAUGUACUAAAUAUUGCCAUACCUUUCCGUAGCGGAAAUCCGUGCUCUUUGGCCAAUAUCUGAACAAAACUGUAUUGGAAACUCCAGCUGUGUUCAAAUAGUCACUUAAAUUGGUCGAGUGGUCUUUUGCGCAGAAGGUCCUACACAUAGGGGAAGAAGGUCUCCUUGGUUCCUGUGGCAUUAGAUUUUUACACUUGUGCAU